AUGAGUUCCCUCAGUGAAGCAAACAUCAAGUUCACUCUUGAUCUCUUUCAAGAGUUAAGAAAUGCAACAGGCAAUAUCUUCUUCUCUCCUACCAGCAUCACAGCACAAUUAGCAAUGGUCUACUUAGGGGCCAAAGGGAAAACUGCACAGGAAAUAGAGAAGGUCCUUCACUUCAGUGAAAUCACAGAGAAAUCAAAGGAAAAAACUCUAACCAAUCAGGGUGAAACUUCAGGAAGUUUGCAUCUUCAAUUUCAAAAGCUUCUGACUGAGUGGAAUAAAUUAACUGAUGCAUAUGAACUGAAGAGCGCUAACAAGAUCUACAAACAAAAGAGUCUCCAAUUAUUUCAGGAAUAUUUGGAUGACCUUAAGAACUUUUACCUGACCGAUGUGGAAUCUGUUGAUUUUGAAAAUGAAACAGAAGAAAGUCGGAAGAAAAUUAACACCUGGGUGGAAAAACAAACACAUGACAAGAUCAAGGAAAUAUUUCCUCAAGGUUCUCUUCACAGUGAUGCCAAACUGAUUCUGGUGAAUGCAGUCUAUUUCAAGGGUGACUGGAUUAUGAAAUUUGAGGGAAAAGAUACUGUAGAAAGAAAAUUUUGGUUGAACAAGGAUACCAGCAAGACUGUGCAGAUGAUGGAACAAAGCAGCCAUCUCAAAUUUGCCUACCUGGAAGAUGUACAGGCCAAGAUGCUGGAAAUGCCGUACAAAGGCAAGGCUCUGAGCAUGGUUGUGCUGCUGCCAAAUGAAGUUGAUGGCCUGCAGCAGCUUGAAGAUAAACUCACUGUGGAGAAAUUAAUGGAGUGGACGAGCCUACAGAGUAUGAAGAAGACAGACGUGAACCUGCACCUACCUAAGUUUACAAUGGAAGAGAGCUACAAUCUCGAAUCCAAAUUGAUAAACAUGGGAAUGAAAAAAGCCUUCUCUCCACAGGAUGCUGACCUUUCCAGCAUGAGCAGAGACAAGGAUUUAGUGGUAUCUACAGUCACGCACAAGGCCUUUGUGAAGGUGCAUGAAGAAGGGGCAGAAGCUGCAGCUGUUAGUGGCAGGGUGGCAUCUGUAACUUUAGCAACAAUACAUAAAGAUUUCCAUUGUGAUCAUCCUUUCAUAUUUUUCAUCAAACAAAAUUCUAACAACAACAUCCUGUUCUUUGGCAGAGUCUCUUCCCCUUAA